AUGAAUAAUUUCAUCAGAUUUGGCUGGGAAUCUGACCAGGAGACUAGGUCUGCCUCUCAGGGCAACCAAAGUCCUUCCGUCGCCGAAGGAAGCUCUCCAGGAAGUGGAGCCAGCUUUUACCCCACCACCCAGGACAUCAGCAGGAGGCUUCCUGUGGUCACCACUGCCCAUCCAGUCAAUAUCCCCAACCACCAUCUUCUGUACAGGAACCUCCCCCCUGAAGAGGUCCAGCGUGGUCCCCUCAGUCAGCCCCAUCACUUCAAGCACAUCAGAGGUGUGGAUCCUCAUCAAACUAUGUCCAGUUUCUUGAUUCCCCAGUUUGACAGGGCUCAGCCAGCAGUACCAUACCAUAGAGUCACAGUUUUCCCCUCCCCACCACUGGGGACCCAACGGGAUGGUGAAAAAGGAGCUUCUGGGCAAUACACAGGUUAUUACAACCAAGGUGAAAACGUUGAUAUGCUAACAACUCAUGUCUUGCAAACAGUAGUACAUGACCCUUAUACAAGCAUCUCCAACCCAGCAAACACCAUGGGGUGGAAACACUUUAAGCACGCCACAGCGAUCCCUUCAGAAAUUACCACUGGUGUGGAAAAACACGCCAUCAAGCCAGAUCAGUCUUUGUUGAAUCAUGACACUACCCCUGCUAAUACAGGCACGCUGUCUGCUCUAUCUACCUAUAUGGAUGAGAGAACAACCACAACCAGUGUCACCACCAGUACCACCACACAAAGCCAAGUUCCCUGCCAGUUCAAUCUGACAGGCCCAGAGGGCUACAUAGAGGCUCCGCCACAGUUCACAUCUGGUUUCUACUCCCCUGUGGACUGCACCUACAUCAUUACCAUCUACACAGGAUAUGGAGUGGAGAUCCAGGUAAAGAAAGUGAAUCUUUCGGAGGGUGACAGAGUGAUGUUUGCUGAUCUGGGAGGCGGGGGGAAAACCAUGCUGGCAAAUGAGUCAAUCCUAAUACGGGGGUUGGUUGUGCGAAGCUACAGCAACCAGAUCACCGUUCACUACAAAAGCCACUCACCUGUGGGCAGCUCAGUGCUUCUGCACUUCCAAGCCUUUGUGUUGAGCUGUACCUUCCCUCAGCGGCCAGCCCAUGGGGAUGUUUCAGUCAGCAGCCUGCACUCUGGGGGAACGGCCCUCUUCUACUGUCUGAAAGGAUACCAACUCCGAGGCUUGAACACACUCACCUGCCGCAACGCCAGCACUCCCUACUGGAGUGACAAGGAACCACAGUGCUUGGCCACCUGUGGGGGUCUGAUCAGGAAUAUCACCAGCGGGCGCAUUGUGUCCCCUGGUUUUCCGAGCAACUACAGCAACAAUCUGACGUGCCAUUGGCUGCUAGAGGCCCCAGAGGGACAUAGGCUACAUAUCCACUUUGAGAAGGUGGCUUUGGCUGAGGAUGAUGAUCGGUUGCUCAUUAGGAAUGGGAACAACACUGACGCAGCCGCCCUCUAUGACUCAUAUGAGGUGGAGUACUUGCCCAACGAAGGCCUGGUUAGCACCUCAAGGCAUCUCUUCAUUGAGCUCACUACAGAUGCCACAGGCACAUCCAACGGCAUUGCCAUCAGGUACCAAGCCUUUGCCAUAGGCCACUGUUAUGAGCCGUUUGUGAAGUAUGGUAACCUGACCAGCAGUGACACCACGUGGGCUGUGGGGGCCAUGGUGGAGUUCUCCUGUGAUCCUGGCUACACUCUGGAGCAGGGCUCCGUCAUUAUCGAGUGUGUUGAUCACAGCAAUCCCCAGUGGAAUGAAACGGAGCCUGCCUGCAGAGCGGUGUGCAGUGGCGAGAUAACAGAUUCAGCUGGAGUGGUUCUUUCUCCUAACUGGCCUGAGGCCUAUGACAAAGGUCAGGACUGUAUCUGGGGCAUCCAUGUGGAAGAGGACAAGAGGAUCAUGCUAGACAUUCAAGUGCUUCAUAUAGGGAAGAAUGACUUCUUGACCUUCUACGAUGGCGAUGACCUGACAGCCAAGGUGCUGGGUCAGUAUAGAGGAGCAUGGUCCCGCUUCAAGCUCUACACCUCCACAGCUGAUAUCACCAUCCAGUUCCAGUCGGAUCCUGCCACAAACGUGUACGGCUAUGGCUAUGGCUUCAUAGUCCACUUCUUUGAGGUUGUCCGUAAUGACACCUGCCCAGAGCUCCCAGAGAUCUCCAGUGGCUGGAAGAGCGCAUCCAACCCUGAGCUGGUGCACGGCACAGUAGUGACCUACCAGUGUUAUCCAGGAUACCAGGUGGUGGGCACCGAGUUGCUCAUGUGUCAGUGGGACCUGACGUGGAGCGGUGACCUACCUAGCUGUGAAAGAGUAGUGACGUGUGCUGACCCAGGAAGAGUGGAACAUAGCCAGCGGGUACUAACAGGCCCUCGUCUUACUGUGGGUUCAACCAUUCAGUACGUCUGCAACCAGGGCUACACCCUGUCUGGCAACAGCCUGCUCACCUGCUACCACCAUGGCUCUGUGGGCCCCAGGUGGAGCCAGAAGCUGCCAAGAUGCCUCCCUGAGACCUUUGAGCCAUGCAGUCAUCCGGGCAUACCAACCUAUGGGGUCCCCAGUUCGGACAAACGCGUCUUUGAGGCCGGUGAGACCCUCCAUUACUCCUGCCUCAGUGGCCACAAGCUGCUAGGUGAGCCUGUUCUGCGCUGUGUCCCUGGACACCCAUCCCAAUGGAGUGGACUGCCGCCUGUCUGCAGAGGAGCUACUGUGGACUUAAGAGCGGAAGGUGCUCACCUAGCUUUUGCCAUCCUCAUCCUUGUCACUCUUCUUCUCAUCUUCCUCUUUGGGAUGCACCUAUACUUCUCAAACGUGGAUGAGAAGAUUGCGAAAGACCUUGGGCUGUCGACUUACAACACAGCUGAGGACAUAUUCAGAGCGCUGGCAAAAAGGCAUGGUACUAAAUCCACCAUCGCUUUAGAGAUUAUUGGAGAGCAGUCGAAAAUCCCGCCUGUGAAAGGAAACCAACCAAGGAAAAUUGCAGAAAGAGAGGGUCAUCAGAUCAUCACUUCCUUCUCUGCCCAAGAGGAGAAGCCAAGAGGGGUGAUCAGGAGGAAUUGCAGAAAGACAGCAGAAACAAAAAAGGGCCUAACAGAGGAACAGGAGAAGUUCUUGGGUGAACUUUCCCCAGCAUUAACAGAAAGGUGCAGGAAGGCAUUCACCAACAAGUCUGCAAAGGUAAACUGUGCUGCUAAGUCCCAGUUGGGAAUUCUGAAAGAAAGUGGUUUGCGGGAGCUCCCUGUUAUCAUGAUGCUGAUGGAAGUAACUGCUAAUGCAGGGCAGAAGAUUGGGACCUUGGUAGACCUGGCUUCAGACACCAACUACAUCACCCUUGAAGCUGUCAACAGUCUGAAGGAAAUUACCAAAAUUCACAAGUUAGUCAGGCCUGAACAGCUUAAGAAGUUCUUCCCAGAAGUUGAGCUCGAGGAGCUGAAGCGAUCUGAGAGGAUUGAGUUGCUUAUCAGUCACAGAAAAGGGAGACUCACCCUGCAAAGGGUUAAAGUUGUGGGAGACCGUGUUUUGUGGGCGAGCCCUCUUGGAAAGACUGUGGGUGGGGUACACCCUGACCUGUUUGAGGAAAUAAAUGUGACUGCACAAACGUCGGAGACACACUUUGCUCGUUCCAUGAGAACAGCUGCUGUCAAGUAUGAUGAGAUCACUAGUGAAGUCCCCUUCAAAACAAAGACAGUUCACCUGCAAAAUGCCAUGGUUGAGACCAAGCAUCUAGCUGCUAGUCACAGAGAAUUUCUGGAAUGGUGGAAGUGGGACAGCAUUGGAGCAGCCUGUGAGCCAAAGUGUGGUGGAUGCUGCUGUGGGAACUGCCAACCUGAAGGAGAGGCGAUUACUAGUAGAAGAAAGGGAUCUUGA